AUGUCAGCGCCUGCUCUGCGGUCAAGAAUUCCACCUACUCCAAAACCUAGAAGGAAAUUUAACACAUUCGCACCUCCACCUACCCCAGUGCCUACGCAACCAGCUUCAUCGACGCCUACGGCUGAUACCAGCAACCUUGUAGGAUGGACACCUUCCAGAUGUGACAGUGAAGUUUCGCCCUCGAGUGCAAUAGAAGAUGUCUCUCUGCGAGUGAAUCAUAGCGCCAAGUUCGAAAGAGGCGAGCUGGAUCCAUUUGGCGCCAGGGAGAAAACCACAACGAAGGAGAAGGGCAGCUGCGAGUCGAGCACUAGUACUAGUAAGCGGCCGAACAUCCUAACAGACCGAUUCAACGGGAAGACCCCUUGGAGGGAGUAUAAGCAACACUUCAAGGCGUGUAAACUGGCAAAUGCUUGGACCGAUAGUCAAGCGAAAGCUUUCCUUGCAGCAAGUCUCCAAAGCGCGGCAGUGAAAGUGCUUGGGAACCUCGCUUCCAGCGGCAAAGACGUUACCUAUACAGAGCUGAUAUGUCUCCUUGAAAAGCGAUUUGGCCCCGGACAAAUGGCGGAAAAUCACCUAGUGGAACUUCGCCACAGGCGUCAAGGAGAUAAGGAGACGUUGCAAGAGUUGGGACAAUCCAUACGUGACCUGUCGGCACUCGCCUAUCCAGAAUUGACAGACGACGGGCGAGAUCGCCUAGCUAGGGGUCAUUUUUCAGACGCAAUUCGGGAGCAAGCCAUCCGCGAAGGAGUGUUCAGGGCAAGACCAUCGUCACUUGAUGAAGCCAUCCGCGCCGCCUUAAGCACAGAGAGCUUCCUUAAGAUUGAGGAACAACGGAGUGACAGACGAGUCAAGUACGCCCGAGGAGUAGACGGGAUAUCUAACGAUCCUAUGCAGGAGGUCAAGAGUGAAGAGAGUAGAAGUCAAGUAAAGGAGUCUUUUAUUCAGAGUGCAAGUGACCAAGAAGUUAAGGAGUGGCUCCAAAGGAUGACAAAAAUGCUAGAGGACAUGAAGUCAAAGCGAAACCCAGAAGCGCCUAGAGGGCCGAGGAUUGCUGCCAGGCGCAAGGCAACUCCCCAAGACGUGUGCUUCAAGUGCAAUAACCGAGGGCAUUUUGCACGGGAGUGCAGGAAGCGCGUCCGACAUGACAUCGACAGACAGGCGUCGGGAAACGACAGCCAGCUGGCUCCAAGGCCCAAAGGGACAGCUGGAGAAAUAGACGGGCCGAAACACCAGAACGGAGACAACUACGAGCGACCAAGUAGGGAUGGGAGAGAUGUGAAGCCUACCGUUGGCCAAAAGGCGCGCGCUGGACUAUUUGUACAGGCGUUUAUAAGGGGAGUCAAGGCAAACCUCUUGGUGGACACAGGUGCGACGGACUCCGUCCUAUCGUCAGAGUUUUACUACAAGAUUCCCAUUGAGAAACGACCUAAGCUGGAGAGUGGAGGUACAGGAGUUCGUAACGCUGACGGUAGCAACAUGGAAACUCUCGGAAGAGCCUUGGUAGAUGUGCAAAUUGGAAGGACGACGUGUCCCGUUCGGGCUGUUUUCGGCAAAAUAGGUGAAGUUGAAGGAAUCCUGGGAAUGGAUUUUCUGUUGCCAACGUAG